UAAUGCUUGCUUGCUGGACCCAUCCUGCAUUUCAUUCCCAUCAAAUUGAGCACCUCAGAUAUAUCUCGACCCUGGAGCGUUGAUACUGCGGUGGCACACUUACAAUGUGCAUAUCUCGGAAGUUUCGAGUUGCUUUCUCGAGAAUCAGUCGGAGCACUACGCUAGCCUUUCAAUUGACCUAGCUUCCCUCAUGCUUUUAGCAAAACGACCACAUAGCCCCGCGGCUGCAGAUACUAAAGCACAAGACCAUUGCCUCGAGAAAAGCCAGAUUCUCAGCACUGGAAGAAACAACAGCCCCCUCUCCUCUCUCUCUCUCUCUCUCUCUCUCUCUCUCUUUCUCUCACUUUACCCUCCAUUAACUGAAUCUCUGAGGGAACCUCAACCUCUUUACUUCAAUUUUUUUUUUUAAAUUAUUUCUUUUACAAUGAUUAUAAAUGGAGACCGGUGGUGGGGGAGAGACGAUAAUGGAAACCUUGUCAAACAACAGUACCAGUCCAGUAAGUGGACUAACUAGUGAGUAGUGAGCACUGACCAGUGAGAGACAGAUACAGAGAGAAAACUCUGCUGCAGAAGAGCUUCCUCCUCUUCUCACUCACUCUCACUGAGCCACUAACCCCUCAACACCCCCACCCCCCACGCCUAAUCAUCUCCCAAAUGCACGUCUAAUUGCAGUGAAAUCAGUGCUAAUCACACUCAAACGUCAAAAGGGUCUCAGCUUAAAACCAUCUCUCUCUCUCUCUCUCUCUCUCUCUCUCUGCAUUUGGUCUCUGUUCUCUUCCUCGACCCACAGGAAGACAAUGUGGCACGACAGGGCGAGCUGCAUUGUCCUGGUGACGCUCGUGGGCUGCUGCCUGUCUUCGCUCAGCGGGGGAACAGCAAUGCUGAACCUCACCCUCCCCGGUCAGCACACAGAUCCUGAGUCUGUCGUCCAAGAAGUUAACAGAAAGGUGGAUGCUGCUCUAGCAAGGAGGAGACAGAUGCUCGAGUUCGCCCAGAAUGACGAGGCCGCCACGUGCCAGACGGGCAACCCCGUCGACGACUGUUGGAAGUGCGACCCCGACUGGGCCAGCAACCGCCAGCGUCUCGCCGACUGUGCCAUUGGGUUCGGGCAGUAUGCAGUUGGGGGUAAGAACGGGAAGAUCUACAUUGUUACUGAUUCAUCGGACAAUGAUGCUGUGAACCCGAGGCCUGGGACGCUGCGGUACGCGGUCAUUCAGGAGGAGCCACUGUGGAUUGUGUUCCCCACGAACAUGCUGAUAAGGCUGUCCCAGGAGCUCAUUUUCAAUAGCUACAAGACCGUGGAUGGGCGCGGGGCAAACGUCCACAUUGUUGGGGGCGGGUGCAUCACCUUGCAGUAUAUCAGCAAUGUGAUCAUUCACAACAUUCACGUUCAUGAUUGUUAUCCAUCAGGGGACGCUAACGUGCGGUCGAGCCCGACUCACUGGGGCUGGCGGACGAAAUCAGAUGGUGAUGGGAUCUCCAUCUUUGGUUCCCAUGACAUAUGGAUCGACCACUGCUCGCUCUCUAAGUGCAAGGAUGGCCUGAUCGACGCUGUGAUGGGGUCCUCCGGAAUCACCAUCUCCAACAACUUCUUCUCCCACCAUAAUGAGGUCAUGCUGCUGGGACACUCCGACGAUUACCUUCCUGACUCAGGCAUGCAAGUCACCAUCGCCUUCAACCACUUCGGGGAGAAGCUUGUGCAGAGGAUGCCCCGCUGCCGCCUAGGGUACAUCCACGUGGUCAACAACGACUUCACCCAGUGGGAGAUGUACGCCAUCGGGGGCAGUGGCAACCCCACCAUCAACAGCCAGGGCAACCGGUACAUCGCCCCAUCGAACCAUAAUGCCAAGGAGGUGACAAAGCGGGUGGACACGAAUCAAGCCGACUGGAGGGACUGGAACUGGAGGUCAGAGGGCGACAUGAUGGUGAACGGUGCCUUCUUCGUGGCCUCGGGAGAGGGCCUAGAGGUCAAGUACGAGAAGGCCUACAGCGUCGAGCCCAAGUCCGCUGCCUACAUUGACCUCAUCACGUGGCAUGCUGGUGCUCUUGGCGUUGGCGGAAGGGACAACGACCUCGGUACGUGGAGCGCCAGGGCAAAGUUUCAGGGGAACCAUGCUGCUGUCAAGCCAUCCACAACCACCCAACUCCUCUUCCUCUCAUUAGCUUUGUCUGGCUCGUUACUCUUCCACCUUAACACAGCAAAUUUAAUGUUGUGACAAUAAACCCUAACUCGGACAAUUUCCCCUUAACUGCCUUAAAUUGGCGGAAUGUUCGGUUUCCUGAUUUUUAAAUCACAGAAGGUGAUCGGUUUUCAACUGUA